AAUCUGUAACUGUUCUCCAGCCCGGAAAAGACAUGAGUACAAAUCUCCAAUCUUGGAACAAUACUGGAAGGAUGAAAUGCGGAAGAGGCAAGAGGAAUAUCAGUGGGCUGUUUAUGCACCAGGUGUUCCCAAAAAAAUCCAAUAUGAUAAAGCCAAGGACUUGCCGAGAGAUGCCAAGAUCCCACUUGAAAGACCAAUGGGCAUUUUCCUCUCCAUUAAGGAGGCCAUUUCACAACUGGGUCUGGGUGAAGAGAAACAUUCUCAGGUUUGCCUAUAUGUCUGCAUUGGGUCAGUCAAAGACUAUGUGAUGGAACAUUGGCAUGAAGACGGGUUCUUUGGUUAUCAGUUCCUGAACGGAUCGAACCCCGUACUCAUCGAACAGUGUAAAGAGAUUCCAGAAAAGUUCCCCGUUACAGAGCAAAUGGUCGGCCCCUUUCUUGGGCCAAUUACCAGUCUACAGCAGGAAGUCAAGAAAGGGAAUAUAUACCUUGUUGACUACGAGAUGCUGGGUGGAAUUAAAGCCAAUCCGGAAGCUGGCCAUGAAUAUCUUGAAGCACCAAUUUGUCUUCUGUAUGCAAGUCCAAUGAACCAACUUCUCCCCAUUGCCAUCCAGAUCACCCAGCACCCUGGGCCGGAGAGCCCGAUAUUUCUCCCGAGCGACAGCCAGUGCGACUGGCGUCUGGCCAAGAUGUGGGUCCGCAACGCUGACGUACAGGUUCACCAGCUGGUCUCACACUUGCUCAGGACACACCUGUUUGGUGAAAUCUUUGGCAUCGCAACUUUACGCAGGCUGGCAAGUGCACACCCGAUAUUCAAGCUUUUGAUGCCUCAUGUGAAAUAUACGUUGCACAUCAAUGUUAUAGCGAGGGAGCUCCUUAUCUCCGAAGGUGGCAUCUUUGAUCAGGCAUUCUCUUCCGGAGGGACUGCCACUGUGGAGGUCUUGCAGCGCGGUCUGGAGCGCGCUACCUACGAAUCCAUGUGUCUCCCAGACAAUCUGGCUGCUCGAGGAGUGGAAAAGAUCCUCAAUUAUUACUUCAGAGAUGAUGCUCAGAAGAUCUGGCAGGCCAUCAACAAGUUUACAGAAAACAUCGUUGACCUUUACUAUGAGAACGAUGCAAGUGUCCAGAGCGAUACAGAACUCCAAGCCUGGGUGAAGGAGAUCUUCACCGAAGGAUUAUUGGCCAAGCAAUCGUCAGGCUUCCCUUCAUCAUUUCACUCCAAGACCGAACUCAUCAAGUUCCUAACCAUGGUCAUCUUCACCUGUUCCGGACAGCACUCUUCAGUAAACGUUGGACAGUUUGACUGGGGCUCCUGUGUACAAAACUACCCUUCCAUGAUGGGGAAGCCUGCACCGACCAAAAAGGACCAAGUCACCGAAGCAGAUAUUGCCGACACUUUGCCAAAGGGAAUUAAAAAAAUACAAGUGAUUGCAACCACCUAUCUGCUCAGUCAACCAGCCCCCUUUAACACCAAGCUGGGCACGUACGUGGAGGAGCGCUUCACUGAGCUGGUGGCAAGAGCGCACAUCACAGACUUCCAGAAAGCCCUGCUGCAUAUCGAGCAGGAGAUUACAAAGAGGAACCAGAACCUUUCUCCGCCCUACACCUAUCUCCUGCCCAGUUUGAUCGACAAUAGUGUGGCAGUCUAACCACAACAUUGCACCAUCAUCAAACUGCUUCACGCUUUGCUUCGAGAUUAAAAUUAUAACUGCAAAACUUUUAUUGCCAAAUUAAACCAGCCAAUCUCUCCCGCCCUCUGAUCCUCACCGCACACACACAGCCUGACAUUCCCUCUCCAAUUAAUUCCAAGGCCACUGUGCACUUCAACCACCUCCACCUGGAACCUGAGUAGCAACUUGUUCACUCAGAUGGGUAUAUGGAAUGAGUUACCGGAGGUGGUAGUUCAGGCAGAAACUAUAAUAAUGUUUAAAAGGCACGUGGAUAGGAAAGGUUUAGAGGGAUACGGGGCAAACAAAGGCAAGUGGGACCAGGGUAGACGAGGCAUGUUGGUCAGCAUGGAAUUGGGCCGAAGGGCCUGUUUCUGUGCUGUAUAUCUGUAUUCUGCCAUUACCUGCUUUGCAGACAAGACGUUCCACACCUGUGCCUUUCAGAUGCUCUUUUUUACCCCUGUUUCUCCUCUGUCAUAUUUGAUCUUCUCCACCGAGAGUGCCCUAGAUCCAGUUCUCACGUUCUCUGCUCUCAGUCAGAUCAAGGGGACUGUUCAUUUUGCUCCACCAGUCUCCCAUUGAAUAAAACCUGCCUCUAAGUGAAGAGCGAAACUCUUCCACACUCCACUGCACACAAUGAUGUCUCCUCUACGCUGGAGAAACCAGGCAGACCUGCUGACAUGGUCUCAUGUGACUCGACCUCCCUGAUCCAAUCUGGGGCUUUGAUCAAUUCACACCCUGAAGACCAUGUUCAUCAGACACAGGAACAGAAUUAGGCCAUUCAGCCCA